GCAACAAUUAAAAUCUGUCCUUAUUUUUCGGCCUUUUCCUGCGCUAAGAAGUUGACAAGUAUAGCAAUUACUAUCUUUAAUACGUAAAGCCCGAAAAGUGAACAAUCCUUGAGGUUGUCGCAGUUCAGAUGACGUAGAAUUAUGCGCCUUGUUUUUAUGUUGUACAAGUGUUUGGUGGAAGAAAAAAACUUUUUGUCUUAUAUAUUGCUUGAAGUUUGUUUUUGUAAGUGUUUUUAGACAGUUGUCACUGUUUCUUUAAUCGGUGAGCCAUGAUCGAACAAGGCAAGAGGAAAAGCGGUCAGGAGAUGGUACUGGUGCCAGGUAAACGUCCCCGUAAUGAACUGGUGGCAGCAGCUCAGGUGCCAGGGAGCCAACAGGCCAUGCUUCAGGCUGGUCCACCCCGAACUUCCAGCCUCCAGGCACCAAUAAUGCUUUUAUCUGGACAUGAGGGUGAGAUUUACUGUUGCAAGUUUCACCCCAGUGGCUCUGUUCUGGCAUCAGCGGGAUUUGACAGACUGAUAUUGUUAUGGAAUGUUUAUGGGGAUUGUGAGAACUAUGCUACAUUGAAAGGACAUAGUGGUGCUGUUAUGGAGUUACAUUACAACACAGAUGGCAGCAUGCUUUUUUCUGCAUCAACAGACAAAACAGUUGCAGUGUGGGAUAGUGAAACAGGAGAGAGAGUUAAAAGGUUGAAAGGGCACACGUCGUUUGUAAAUUCCUGCUAUCCAGCAAGAAGGGGACCCCAGCUUGUAUGUACAGGCAGUGAUGAUGGAACAGUAAAGCUCUGGGACAUAAGGAAAAAAGCAUCUAUACACACCUUUCAAAAUACAUAUCAGGUGCUGGCAGUGACGUUUAAUGAUACCAGUGAUCAGAUUAUUUCUGGCGGCAUAGAUAACGACAUAAAGGUAUGGGAUCUCCGUCAGAAUAAACUAAUCUACACUAUGCGAGGUCAUGCUGAUUCUGUUACAGGCUUGAGUCUGAGUUCAGAAGGCUCAUAUUUGCUUUCAAAUGCUAUGGACAACACAGUUCGAGUAUGGGAUGUAAGGCCAUUUGCACCUAAGGAAAGAUGUGUAAAGAUCUUUCAGGGAAACAUGCACAACUUUGAGAAAAAUCUUUUAAGGUGUUCUUGGUCAGCAGAUGGAGGAAAGAUUGCAGCAGGAUCAGCAGACAGGUAUGUUUAUGUAUGGGACACAACAUCAAGAAGAAUCCUUUAUAAACUUCCUGGGCAUGCAGGAUCAGUAAAUGAAGUGGUGUUUCAUCCAGAGGAACCAAUUGUUCUUUCAGCAUCAAGUGAUAAAAGACUGUACAUGGGCGAAAUACAGUAAUGGCUAAAAGAUAUCAAGUUGCAACGUCUUAAGCAAGCCUUAAUUUGGAAGCCUUAUGUUUUGAUAUUUUCCAGACUGUAUUGUAUAUAUUCAGUAAAUUACAAAAAUGGAGAAAACCCAUCAACAGAAACAUUUCAUGGACUUAAACAUGCUGACUGAAUGGAAAUAAAUCUGUUACAUAGAUUAUUCUCAGUCUUGAAUGCAGAAGUUUCUGCCCUGCGCUGUUAAUGGGCAUACUUGAAUCAUUGUGUAUGUGCUUCCAUAAAGAGCUGAUCUGAUUCAUUUCUGCAUUUAUAAGUUAACAGAAUCUACGUGGCCAGUCUUGGUAGCUGGACCUUCCUCUUUGGUGCGUAAAUCCUGGGAUUCAUAUGGAUUCUUAACUGAAAGUAUGUGAACCAUCAACAUGUAGCACAUAAAUUGGGGACUGCUGUUAAGUGAAGUUUUGUAUUUACUCGUCUUCAGAAUGCAUAAUGCAGUCUCUGUAUAGCAUGCAUCUGCAGAGUAAAGCUGGUAACUUAGAAAACUUGUAUCCUUUGAACAUUCUAAGAAUCCUGUGGCCUUUAUUUUAAGUGAUACAUCCAUGAUCUCAUUUCAAAAUUAAAUACUGUUUUACAAACGUAAUACUACAGUUCAUUGCUCUAUAAAUGUCAGAAGUUAAGAAGAAGUGGAAAUGGUUAAGUGUACCAGAUAUCCUUCACCAGAAUAUUUAAAUGUAUAAUGCUUGUUUUAAGGAUACAGGUUCAUUCUUCUGUUUUUUCAGUUCAGUUAUUUAGUGGAAGCGUACUUGAUGUCGUAAAACAAAGUUCUUCCUUUACUACUCCACAGUAAUUAUUAUUUCACAUUUUUCUGCUAUAUCGCCUCCUUUUUUUGUUUUGAACACGUGGAGUAUUACUUCAUUGUCAAAACUGUAUUACAUAUUUUUCUUCGAUAAACUGAUUGGUUUCUACACAGUUUGACUUUACAUGAUAAAUUCUGAUGGAUUAUUGGAAGCGGGGUUUAAUAUUCAGGAGCUUAUGCAUAACACAGUUGUAUGGCAGACAGAAUGAGCUGGCCAAAGCCAGAUGCGAGGAGGAGAAGAGCUUUUGCUUCCUGUAUCCCAUGAAGAUCUUUGUUGGGCAUACUUCAGAGGAUGAUACAAAGGAUUUCUGAAGUUCUUUUGUUUCAGAAAGAUGCACUCGUAUGUUGGGUCUAGUGUCUGGAAAGGGAAGCUGAAUAUUUUUGCAGUGUCCACAUCAGACUUUAGCUUAAACAGUCGUCAGUUAAGCUAUCGGAGUGUUCUAUUUGUCUGCCAGCUUGCACUUAAAUGAGAGUGCUCUGUUGAUGCAUCCUUAUGAUGUCCUUCUACUCAUAUGUUGCAGUAUUCAUAACAUGAGGGAGUCCACCUCUGGCUGACUCAUACGUCCGGCCAGUAUACCAAAGUCUAAAAGUCACUGCAAGGUACGUGCGAUGGCACACAUCACUUAGCAUAUGUCUUCCAUAAACAGACGUUUGGUAUAAAGUGGACGUCAGCACAUACCUACCUCAGAACUUUUCAGCCACUUGUCCGACUACCAGCUCUGGUCGUCGCUUGCCAGAGAACUCAUUUAAGUGCUUCAGAUAAGUACCCCGUAGGGUUUUUUCUUUUCCUUUUGGCUACUGUGUUUUUUUUUUGUUUGUUUAUUUUUUGUGAGUGCCUGUCAGUGGGGAAGGCAGAUUCCACAUAAAGACUCCCACAAUCUUUGCUUAUUUUGCUUAGGCCUAGACCACGAUCACAUGUGCGAUAUCUCUAAGACCCUUGUUCCGAAAAUGCUUCGUAGCCACCUAGUGUCCCUUAGGUUAUAUUUGGAGAAUUAGCUUGAGACAAUGGAACCGACGUCGGGCCCUUCAGAAGAGCCGCAACUCAAGAAGGCCAAGAAGCCUCAGCCUGACCCUACAGCUGCUCCCUCUACUCCUAGCAUCCCUCCCGAUGCUGAUGAAGGCCUGAAGGCUGCUUCAGAAUCUGCAGAGCUGCCUCACUGGGUACCUUGGUAGAAGCCGUUAAGGAAUCUGUAGGCACAUCUUAGAGGUAUUUGCAGGUGUCCGACUCGGGCACCAGGUGGAUCCACAGCACGUUAUCUCUGAAGGCCUGCACGGCAUGAUGCAGAUUGUGGUUCAUGAGGAUGUUCUUAUGUACAUUAUGGAAUGCUGCCCGGUGUCAGGCCCUUCUUCCUUUUAUCACCUAGCUCCUGAGGCUCCAAAGAAGAAGAAACUAAAAACUAAACCUACUUCCCCAUCUGCUCAGGACCAUGCUUCCGAUUAAACGUCUGACUGGCAUGCCUUUACCCAAGGCCUCUUUAAUGCCUUCAUGGCCCUCCACCAGAUGUCAGCCCCUUCUUUUCCAGCACAGGCCCUUUCUCCUUCUACUUCUUUGAAGAGGCCUGUUGAGGAUGUCUCUUCUGAAGAGGAAGAUUCAUCAGAGGAUGAUUUUUUUGCCUAUUCUACUCAAAUUGCCUCUCCUCUAGGUUAUGCCUCCCCAGAGGAGGAAUCUAAUGGUGCGGAUUCCACUGGGGAGGAUAUUUCCUUUAGAGAGACCAUUUUGAAGAUUUCUUUAAGUGGGAUUGCUGCAAAGUUUCUGAGAUUCAAAAGAGGUACUAUGACCUCCUACAGAUUGAAUUCCCUAAUCCUUUAGCCAUCCUUCAAGUCCUACCGGCCUUCUGGAUGCCUUCACUGUCUGCAGCUUCCAAGUGCCAAGAUUCCCAGCCUCUAGCCCCAAGGGCACUGACAGAUUUUACAAGGUGCCUGAGGAUGCCAAGUUCCUUUUUAAGGCACCCUCUGCUGAUCCAGCUACUAUAUCAGUGACAGCAGAUAAAGCUUUCAAACUUUUACCGUCCACCUCCCUGCUUCCCUCUGAUAAGGAAAGCAAGGUUAUGAAGAGGCUGGUGAAAAAAGUGUAUAUGUCUGCAACCGUGGCCUUUAGAGCAAUGAAUUAUCAGACUCAUAUAGCCAAAUAUUCCCUGGCUCUUUUGGUGGAUGCAGUGAAACUCCUGCCAUAGCUUCCAGAUUCUCCCAAUAAAGCCAAGCUUUCCAGCAUUCUUAAUUCCUGCUCCCUGGUUACUAGGCACUCCAUGAAAUGCAGUUAUGAUGCAGUGGAGGCAUCAGCUAAGUCUGCAGCUAUGGGGUCUGUCCUGAGAAGGUAUUCAUGGCUUAGAUUGCAACCCUUAAUGGAUGAUAUCAAAGCUAAGCUCAUGGAUGCCCCUCUGGACAACAAGGCCUUAUUUGGCACUGCAGCUGCAGAGCUUUUUAAAACCCUUCAGGAAAAGGAGAAGGAACUCCAGGAUUUAAAACCGAUAUUUGUCUCUCCUGUUCGCCGCUUCCAGAGAAACUACCCAGCCAAAACCACCUUUGUUAGGAAGGCAACUAAAUCUUUCCCACCAAAAGGUAAAAGGGAUGUUAAGAGGCAGGCUCCUUCUACGUCUGCUUCCUCCACACCCUCUCAGAAACAGCCUUUUCAGGCCAAACCUGGUAAUCUAUUAACUACCAGAUCCCAGAUUCGUUUACCCCCUUUCUCUUCACCUAUCUCUUUCCCUGUCAGCUUGGAAACAGAUAACCCCGGACUCUUGGGUCCUUUCUAUCGUUGACUAAAGUUACUUCAUCAUAUGGGAAACCCAUCCUGUCUUCAAGGGAAUCCCACAAUCCCCACACGACCAAAUGGAAUUCUUCCUACUAGUCCUCUCCUUUCUUCUUUCUCAGGGCACUAUCCAGGAGACGCCACCCAAUCAAAGGGGAAAAGGAUUUUACUCCAGGAUGCUUCUGGUCCCAAGAAAGGAUGGCCCUUGAUGGCCCAUGCUAGACCUGUCCCACAUAAGUUCCUUUCUGGAAGUUCCCACCUUUCACAUGCUGACCUUCCCUACUCUACUCCCUCUGAUUCUUCCCCAGGCCUUCAUGGUGUCACUGGACAUAAAAAAUGACUACCUUCACAUUCCCAUUCACCAAUGGUUUAGGAGAUUCCUUUGCUUUUCUGUGGCUUCCUUUCAUUUUUGUGCUUUGCCGUUUGGUCUGUCUACAGCACUGAUGGUAUUCACAAAAUAUUUAGCCCCUGUUAUAGCCCACUGCAGACUGCAGGGCAUGCAGAUAUUUCCAUACUUGGUCGACCUACUCCUCCAGGCCCCAUCACCAGAAAUACUCCUGGACAAUCUUUCCUACACUAUGUCCCUCCUGAGAGGACUAGGGUUUACCAUCAACCUCCAAAUGUCUUCCCUGACCCCUUUCCAGCAUCAUGUCUUCCUGGGGUGCAGGAUCCUGACAAGUUGAAUGAUAGCUUGCUUAUCCCCAGAAAAGAUCCUGUCCCUCACGUCAUAUUUCCAGGGCCUAAUACCACCUCAGUCCUUGACCACCAGGGAGUUCCUGUGCCUCCUGGGGUUCAUGGCCUCAACUGUUCCAGUGCUUCCCUUUGCCAGGCUAUGCAUCAGGAAUUUUCAGUGGUUCCUAAGAAAAGUUUGGAAGCAUCACUCUCAUCCACUGAAAUUUGUUGUUCCCCUACCCUGUUUGACAAGGAAUUUAGAGUGGUGGAUUUCACAGGUCACCUGAAAUCUAGGCCUACCCCUUCAACCACUCCCACACACCCAGGAUCUGUACAUGUAUACAUCAGACACAGGAUUGGAUGCAACUCUAGGAAACUGGAAGGUGAGGGAUGUGUGCACCCCUCCAUAGACAAAAGAGCAUAUCAACAUAAAAGAAGUAAGAGCUUUGAUCUUUGUCCUAAAAAUCUUCAAGUGCAGGAUUUCACCAGGGGUCCUAAGGUGGUUCACAGACAAUAGCACAGUCCUCUGGUACAUCAACAAGCAGGUCGGGACAAAGUCAUAUAUCCUCAGACUGGCAUUGUACACCUGGGAGACAGCCCAGCCCAGCAGAGCUGUUUAAAUUCCCUCAGCUCAGAAUGGGAUAGACUCUCUAAACAGGUCCAUGACUCAAUCCCAUGAGUGGAUGUUGAACAGGGAUGUAUUUCUGGACCUUGUCCAUCAGUGGGGUAUCCCUCAGAUCUUUUCGCCUCCCCCAUGUUGGGAGGAUGGCCUAAUGGUUAAGGUGUUUGCCUUAUGAACACAAGAUGCAGGGUUUGAGUCUCACAUGGGAUAAUUGGCUAGGCUUACAAUGGCUCGCAAGGGCAGUUAGCCUAGUAUGAACCUAUGAACAUAACUAUGAACAGACAACUUCCCAAGUAUUGUGCCAGGAUUCCACAUCCUGGGGCAUGGAAGGUGAACAAUCUGUCCUUUCCAUGGAAGGGGAUGUUUCUGUAUGCAUUCCCCUCCUUCCAAAGAGUCUUCUGAAAAUUCAGUGAGAAUGACAAAAAAAUCUUGCUGGUGACCCCCUUUUGGCCAAGACAGCAUUGGUUCCCCUUUCUACGUUUAGCCAAGGGUAGUCACCUCAAGUUACCCCUAAGGACGGACUUACACAGGAGAAGGGAACUUUAGUACAUCCACAAAUGUCGACCCUAAACUUGACUCUGGAUGAUAGGGCUUUGAUUCUCUUUAGACACCUUUGCACUGAGGAUGUGCUACAAGUUAUUCAGGGAGCCAGAAAAACCACUACUAUGAAAUCCUAUCCAAAUGAAAGAGGUUGUCCUUUUGGUGUCUUAAAAACAUUUGCAACCACUAUCUGUAGAGGUGCAUUGGUUUUGUUUUACCUGUGUGAAUUAAUGAAGAAUGGCUUGUCAUAUUCCUCAGUCAAGGCACAUCUUUCUGCCAUUUCAGCAUGCUUACCUAUGCCCCCUCCCUUGGCUUCCAGGUUGUAAGUCAAACUCUUCCUAAAAGAUAUCCUUCACAUUAGACCACCAAGGAAGCCAAUGCCUUCUCCUUGGAAUCUCAAUUUUGUCCUGGUAAAACUUACCCUAGCCCCCUUUCGAACCAGCAAUGUCUUCCUCACUGCAGCACUGCACAUGGAAAACAGUUCUCUUAGUAGCUAUUACCUCUGCCAGAAGGGUGUCUGAGCUGCAAGCCCUCAAGGCCUCUUCUCCCUUCACUGUCUUUCAUAGGAACAGGAUUUCUUUUCGGACUAACCCAUCUUUCAUGCCCAAGGUGGUAAAUGAGUUAUCUCUGAAUCAGGCUAUCAAUCUCACUACCCCUUUUCCCCAAUCCCCCAGUAAGAGGAUUCUCCACACCUUGGACGUUCACAGACAACUCGGAUGGUAUUUGAGCAAAACCCAGCCCUUACACAAGUCUGACAAAUUGUUUGUCUCCUAUCACCCAAGGGCUCUGGGCCAGCCUGUUUUCAAGCAAGCUAUUUCUUCUUGGAUCUCUAGAGCCAUUUCUUUCUGCUACUCAGCCAGUGGAAAGGAUCUGUCUUCCCCAUAAGGGCACACUCUACUAGGGCUGUGUCCUCUUCUGGAGCCUUCCUUAAAGGAUUGUAUACAGCUUCUAUCCUGGAGGCAGCUACCUGGUCCUCUCUUCAUUCCUUCACAGAACACUACAAAUUGGAUGUUAUUUCCAAGUUUUCCAGGUCCAAAGCAGGGUUUGCCAGAGCUAUUCUCCAUGGCUUUGUGAAAAAUAUUUCUGCUUCUCCUCCCAAUUCCUCCUCUAAAUGUGCCUUGGCAUUCUCCCUCAUCUUAUGAAUACUGCAACAUAUGAAUAGAAGGACAUGGAAUAGUUGUGUAAAAGCUUACCAUAACUAUAGAUGUCCCUCUCUUCUCUUCUAUAUCCUGCAGUAUUGCUUCCACCCCUGCCUUCCCCCUGAUGCUUGCCUGAUACCAGGUUACAUGUUGCUUACUUUUAUCGGCUGGUGCUUUGCAGCAUUAGUUCUGAGGUAGGUACGUGCUGAUGCCAGCUUUAUACCGAACAUCUGUUUAUGGCCGACGUACGCUAAGUGAUGUGCGCCGUCACACAUACCUUGCCGUGGCUUUUAGACUUUGGUAUACUGGCCAGUUGUACGAGUCAGCUGAAGGGGACUCCCUCAUAUUAUGAAUAUUGCAGCAUAUAGAAGAGAAUGACAUCUGUGGUUAUGGUAAUAUUUUACACAACUAUUCUUUCUUCAGAAUUACUACAUAUUCCUUACUGAUAUGUCAUGCAAAUGGCCUUUGAAGACCGUCAAAACUUUGCUUUUAACAUUCUAAGUUAUGAGGCUUGUUAUGUGUUCUUUAUUGACCACUCUAAAAUUUUAUUUUUUAUUGCAGUUGUCCAAAUAAUGACUGAGGUUAUCUUAGUUUCAGUCACCUUACUUCUGUACCUCUUUCAAGUCCGUAAACUCUGAACAUAGAGAAACAGAUUAGGGCUUGUGGUUGGUUCAUUGCUGUGUAUGAAUGACACCCUGGUUAGUAUAUACCCUGAAGCUUUGGUACAAGCACCCUGGUUCAUAUACGACAAGAAGGCUCCGAAGAUACCACUGGUGUCCAGAAGUCCGAAUGAGAAGGGAGUCUGCUAUAUCCAGAAUGAGGGAAGUAGAUCUGCAGAAGUCAGGCCCUUCGUGAGCCUUCCUGCCGGCAUGAAUCCCAAAAGUCAAGACUGCAGUAGUGAAUAAACAAGAAUAUCUACAGUUAUAUUACAUUCCUAACACAUCUGUAAUUUCUAGCCUCUUGAGAACAAGAAAGAACUGAAUGUGGUGUGUAUGUGGAUGCCCUCCUUUCUACUAGGGCAUGCCAGCAUCCAAAAAGAAGAUGGCAUUCAUCCUACCUAAGUAGAGAAGGAUGUUCGGCAUUGAGAAUUUGGGCCAUUUUCCAGGUUCAGUCUGGGGUGGAGAUCCAUACAUUAUUGCAACAGUGAACACACUUGAAAAUUUGCUUUUCAGCUUUUUACAAAUCUUCAGUGUUUCAUGAAAUAUACAUCAAAUUGAAUGUGCAAACAUAUCAGUUCAUGUCAUCCUUUAAUUUAUUAAUGCAAACAUGCAUAUGUACUAGUUUUAUAACUUUUCACAAAUAGUAUCUUUUGAAAUAUGAAUCACAUUGACUGAAUGUGCAAGCACAUUAAUUCAUGUCAUCUUGCAUGUACCCCAUUGCUCCCUAAUGACAAGGCACCAUUCUUGAAGUAUUAGUAUUAAUAUGCGUAUAUUGCAGUUAUCCUUAACUGCAGAAAUAAGGCUGUAUAGUUCAGAAUAUGUACUUGUAACACAGCUCAUUUAUGUGUCAUUUUUUUUACCUGUCGUCCUGUCCAUGUAUUGAUGCAUAUGUAUUUGCUGGUAUGUCCAUUAAUACAUUAUUAAUGCAAGCAUGCCAAAUGACCGCAUUUUUCCAUAACUUUUCAGAAAUAGUCUUCAGUGCCUUAUUGGAUCUUAUAUCUGAUUUUGACUAUGCACCGUGCUUCCUAAUGCAGAGGAUGCCAUUUUUUUGAUAUGUGACUAAUCUCUGCUUUAUGGACAUAUAAAAUUGUUUAGCUUGGGUCAUGUGACUGUUAUCCAGCUCUUUUUUUGCUGUUUGUAUCACCAGCCUCUGCAUAGGUGCAUACUUAGUGUUGCUGCCAAGUCUGUUACAAUGUAAUGUACUGAGACUUGUCAAAUAUGGUAUAUUUUCCAUUCACAAGAAAUCUUCUGUAAUUUUAUAGUACAUGCAUCUUAUUUUGACUGUGUACACACAGUAUUUCAUGUCAGCUUACAGAGGAGACACCUUGCUCCCUAAUGCCUAGGCUGCCAGUCUUGAAAUUCUAUCAUGCAAAUGCUGCUAAUAUUCAUCACUCAGUAAUAAAUCUGUAUAGCUCAGUGUGUGUGCCUGUUACCCAGCACCAUUUUAUGCAUUUUUUGCUACCAUCCUUUGUGUACAGGAAUGCAUGCAUACUAUGUUGCUGCCAAGUCAGUUAAUGUAUUAUUAAUGUAGACCUGCAGACACAGUACAGCAUAUAUUCACGAUUAAUCUUCAUCAUCUCAUCAGAUAUACAACUCAUUAACUUUUUCACUCUACAUCUUGCCUCUUAAUAUUGACUGCCACUCUUGAAAUGUUAGCAUUAAUAUGCAAAUAUUGCUAAUAUCCAUAACUGCAGAGAGAACGAUGUUUAGUUAAGAAGGCUAUUACAUUACCAGUCUCCUAUGUACUGCAGUAGCAACACUGAAUUUUGUACAUCUGCUGUUUUGGUAAAUAUGUUAUAUUUAUGUAUGGGAACGUUUAAUGUCCAAUGCUAUUUCACAGCUGUUUUCAUUGAUAUGGAAUAAUAUGGAAAAUAUCUGUGUACCAGUGCCAUCUCACAAAACCCCAGUAAAGCUAAAGCUGUGUUAUUUGGCAGCUAAUAUUUUUUCAGAAGAUUGCUAAUUUAAAUGCCCACUAAUUGCAAUAGAUGGAACUGAGGCAGACGUUAAAGCUGAACCGCUGUUCCUAAGCUAACAUAUGCAAGUUGAUUACUUUUAAGAUCAUGUGGUAAAUGGUCCAGCUGACUGGGUAAAUAAGAGGCACCUUCCACACCAAAUAAACUUUACACUAUACAAAUGCA